AUGUAUGUAGAAGAUGGUGAGCUCAAGAAAAUGUUCGGAGAUCAUCUCCUCUCCGUCCAAGGAAGAAUAUACCAUUCCACGAGGAUAGGCGACCACACCAACAUCCAGUGGCUACUGCAUGAUUCCAACUACUACACGUACGACCACCUUGACAACCAAGUCUUCGACAGAUUGAGGACCGACUGCCUCGCCGCUCAGCAGACGCCAGAGGGCCUCUACUCCCUCAUCCUCCACUUGUCCUCCUCCCGACCCAUCGUUCGCAUGAAGUGUGGGCACAACGGCUGCAAUGCCACCGCCAACCCAACCGACGCCCUCCCCACAACUUGUUCCAACAAGACCGACCGCUACGUCCACAACACGUACGACAUGGUUCGGACCCUCUUCACCGUCAUCCCCAUGAACUCAGUCCAUGGCUGCGGCCCCAUCUCCCCGGAUGGCCUUCCCAUCCCAUCAACCAUGUCCAUCAAUACGAAGGUUCUAGAGGACGCCUUCCUCUGCGACGGCGAGGAGUACGUCAACCUCGAUUCUGACGAACAGAAGAAUCGCUCGGGUUGGUUCAUUGGGACCAAGUACGUCGCAGCUGUCGAAAAAACAAAGUGGGGUCAGAACCAGAGGUCGGCUUACCAAGUGGUCACUCUCGAUAGCGACCCCGCAAACAUCCAGCGCCUACAGACGUCCCGCCGCCCUGCCCGAACCACCAUCGACCCCUCCAGCGACGACCGUACCGCGGCCGACCGCUCCAACUCGAAACGGAAAUCAUCCUCAUCCGCCUCCAACCAAAAAUCUUCUUCCAACGCCAAGCGCAGCAACAAGCACGUGGCGCCUCCCUCCGACACGUCUUCUAGCGACGACGACAACAACGACACCGACAACAGCUCCAUCCCCGACAGCGACUGUGGCAGUGACGACCCGGACGACGACGACGUCAUUUUCGAUGACGACGACCUCAUCGACGCUGCCGACGACACCGACGACACCGACUACUUACUGUUGUCGUUAAUUUUCUUCGACCCAUCGUUGGCCUUGUCACAUUGAUAUUUCCUUCUAGCUUUGGACUGCUGUCCCAUAUUUAGUCGCGACGUACCACUGGAUGAAUCUUUCCUAGGCGUUUCUUCUUGUGGCGAUUUCAUUGCCUUUUCGGUGUCUCCUGUUUUUCCUUUUUUUCGUUUUCUUCAUUUCCAUUGUGGUGCACGCCGCAUCAUGUAUCUAUAUUGGCAGACCAUCGUUGCAAGCCAGACGUCUAACAUGUGAUUGCCCGUGUUGACAAACCCUUGGGGGUCCCGGAGGUAUCUAAGCCCUUAGUCUUUGUCCAAUAAGUUCUUCUGUUUCUCUCCCAUUCGUGGGAACAUGAGUUGUGGCCCGCCUACAAUGGUUGCAUCUUACACCAGUUGCUCGUGUUCACAGACACGUGGUCUUGCCACAGAUAUCGUCAAUCCUUUGUCUUUACCUUUGAUUCCAUCUUACACCAGUUGCCCGUGUUCACAGACCCUUGAGGGUGUCGGAGGCAUCUAAGCCCUUUGUCUUUGUCUCUACUUGCAUCUU